CUCGGACACAAAUGAAUAAAGGGUUGAGACCGUGAGAGAGCCUCUCCAAAGUCUUCAGAUCAUCGGGAGAGCAUUUCUAACGUUGCAGCUUAUCUGAACUUACCCUCUCUUCAUCUGCUGCAGCAGCAGCAUCAUAUAUACAAAAAAAAAAAACUUCAGAAGCAAAUCCAGAUAGAGAAAAAGGUAUAGAUUUUUUCUAAGUGCAAAGACGUAUACAUUGCAGGUUUUAACUAAAUCUACUCUCUUAUAACAAUAUUGGUGAACUUAGAGGCUUUUAGUCUUCAUUAAGUAUCAAACAUGGUGGAGGGAGGGGUUCACAAAGCGGACGCAGAAGAGUUCGCAGAGUGCUUCACAACAACAUGGAAGCAUCCAUUUAUCAUGCGCCUUGCCUUAUCUGCUGGCAUUGGAGGUCUUCUCUUUGGCUAUGACACAGGAGUUAUCUCUGGUGCCCUUCUUUAUAUUCGAGAUGACUUUCCAUCUGUUGAGAAGAAAACAAUUUUACAGGAAGUCAUUGUGAGCAUGGCAGUAGCAGGAGCCAUAGUUGGUGCUGCAGCUGGUGGAUGGAUAAAUGAUAGGUUUGGAAGAAAAAUGUCAAUUUUGGGAGCAGAUUUUUUGUUCUUUGCUGGUGCAGUGAUCAUGGCUUUUGCCCCUAAUCCCGAAGUUAUAAUUGUGGGAAGAGUUUUUGUUGGGUUGGGAGUUGGAAUGGCUUCCAUGACUGCACCUCUUUACAUAUCAGAAGCUUCCCCUGCUAGAAUUAGAGGGGCUCUAGUUAGCAUGAAUGCUCUGUUGAUUACAGGAGGACAAUUUUUGUCAUACCUUAUAAAUCUUGCCUUCACAAAGGUCAAUGGAACUUGGCGUUGGAUGCUUGGAGUGGCAGGACUUCCAGCUCUGAUUCAAUUUAUAUUGAUGUUGUCCCUUCCAGAGUCCCCUAGGUGGCUCUACAGAAAUAACAAGACAGAGGAAGCCGUCGGCAUUUUGAGGAAACUAUAUCCUGAAGACCAAGUUGACAUAGAAGUGGAGGCCUUAAGACAAUCUGUCAAAAAUGAAAUAGCUCAAGAGGGCAGCAUUGGUAGUGGUAACAUUUUCACUAUGUUUGGGAACGCAUGGGGUAGUAUUGCUAUCCGUAGGGGGCUUAUUGCUGGUGUUGGGUUGCAAGUGGCUCAACAGUUUGUUGGAAUCAACACAGUUAUGUAUUAUAGUCCCACCAUUGUUCAAUUGGCUGGAUUUGCUUCCAAUAAGACAGCUUUGGCUCUCUCUCUUAUUACUUCUGGUCUCAAUGCUGUGGGUUCCGUUAUUAGUAUAUUCUUUGUUGAUAGAUCUGGGAGGAGGAAGCUGCUAAUUCUCAGUUUGCUGGGAAUCAUAUUUUGGCUUGUCGUGUUAUUUAUUGUUUUUGACUUGGCAGCUAUCCAUUCUCCAGCAGUUAGUAAUUUAGAAUCUAUCAAAUUUGGUAAAAAUAAUACAUGUUCACAUUACCUUGGAGCCCCUGAUGCAUCAAGAUGGAGUUGUAUGACAUGCUUGCAAGGAUCUACAGAUUGUGGGUUUUGUGCUCUUGGAAAAAAACAUCUUCAACCAGGUGCAUGUUUGGCUUUAAACGACGGAAUGAGAAAUUCAUGCAAAGGCGAACAUGGUGAAUGGUUCACUAGAGGAUGUCCAAGCAGUUUUGGAUUCUUGGCAUUAUUGGGCUUGGGGCUCUACAUUAUCUCUUAUUCACCUGGAAUGGGAAGUGUCCCUUGGCUUGUGAACUCAGAGAUUUACCCAUUGAGAUAUAGAGGAUUUUGUGGAGGCAUUGCCGCUGUUGCUAACUGGGUAUCAAACCUUUUUGUUAGUCUAACGUUCUUGUCUUUAACUGAAGCUCUUGGCUCAGCCUACACGUUUCUCCUGUUUGCUGGUUUUUCUUUCUUGGGUUUAGUAUUCAUCUACUUCAAUGUACCAGAGACCAAAGGCCUACAAUUUGAGGAAGUUGAGAAAUUGCUGGAAAGAGGUUUCAAGCCUUGGCCUUUCAACAAAGGAUCAGACAAAGGAGAAAGAAGCUCACUUGAGAUGAAACCAGUCGAGUGAUUGAAUAGCACUUCUCUUACUUCAUUUUAUCUUGUUAAUCAUAAGGACCUUAUUAGGCCAUUGAUUUUACCUCUUCCUUUUAGUUAUGUUUCUGCAAAUUCCAGCAGAAAAUCUAGGUCUAGGUCAACUAUAGCAAUUCUUCAUCCAUAAAUUUGGGGUUCUCCUGCGAAGCAGGGGAUAAGGCUGUGAACAUUUGUCCCUCCCAAACCCUGCAAUAUCGGUAGCCUCGUGCACUGGGUUGCCCUUUUUUUGUAGUUAAUUGUUUCUUCAAUGUAUAUAUUGGUGAAUACUGUAAUUGUUUCUACUAUGUAUAAAUUGGGGAAUACUGUAAUGACUUUCAUUU